CCGGGUUUGAACAUCGCGCGUUGAAACGCGCCGCGAGUGCUUCGCAACAAAAGGAUGGACCGCCCUGCACAGACGACGUGCACAUCUGAGCAACUUUUUCAACAUGCCAAGGCGUCAAACAUCCGUGGCUACAAGAAUCUCAUGCAGCUCUAUCGAGACGUCACAGGCAUCGCCUUCCUCGACUUACCGGACAAGAAAAACGUGUCCGCCACGGCUGCCCGCCUUCGCGAGUUUGAUGCGAACGCAACACGCGAAGUUGUCGAGCACACGGGCAUUGCCAUGUUCACGGCAUAUACGACAGAUUACUCUGUAGGAUAUGCCUGCGACACGGUGAAUCGCAUGUAUGCCGCGCGACACGGGUACGAGUUCCACAGCGACGUGCUGCCGUACGACGCGAUGAUGGGUGCAAUAUCCCCUCGGCAGUUUUGCGGGUGGUACAAAGUGUUGAUGAUUCAGCGAUUCCUGGCCGACAUGGACGAAUUGCGUCGCCGUCAGAUCGGGUACCUCAUGUGGAUCGACGCCGAUGCGGUCGUGGUAAACCAGGCGUACCAAGUUGAGCGCCUCCUACAGCGCUCUGGGUAUCGCGACCUCAUCAUCUCCGAAGAUGUGAACCCAUGCUGCCUCAUUAACACUGGUGUGCUCUUGAUCCGUGUGUCCGAGUGGAGCCGAUCGCUGUGGUCCGACGUCUGGGCAGCUCGCAAGUACUUCGACGUGUUCUUCUACGAGCAGUCGGCGCUCAUGCGGUGCCUCAAAAUGCGACUGGAAGGGCUCGACGCGAUCCAGCCCUUUCACAGCUUCGUCAAGCACGGCCCGAGAGGGGACAAGCUUUUCCCCCACACGAUGGUGACAUGCCACUUGGACCUGAAUUCGAAUCGAUGCCGCGGGCUGACUGUCCACAUUUCGAAUGAAAACCGCACCAUUGACACGAGCCACGAACGCGACGAGGAACACGAAAUGGCCCGCUUCAUCUUUCACUGCGCAGGGCGAUGCGACAAAGCUCGGACGUUGCGCGCAGUGCUGGCUGCUCAUGGCUUUGACGUGACGUCCUUGCCUCUCGAUCGAAUGAACUUGGUUCGACACUCGUCUUCAAUUCGUUCGGCGGCAUUGCCGCCUCCGCCCACGAACGAUUGAACCGAUCGCUCUGGUUCGUUUCAGUUCGUACAACCACGCGAACGUAUCAUAUAUGACAAAUGGUUGGCGUUUAGAUUUUCAUUCGCGAAGGACCAGCGCUCACUCCGUCGCUUCGGCAUCUCGCACGGGGUCCUCUUCGACGACUUCCUUGAAUGACUGCUUCUUGCCCAGCUUGCGCAUGCUGGCCUUUUGCAUGUCUUGAAUUUUCGCCACGACUUGCUUCUUGAUCGGGCUCGUGUUCGCUUGGUCCUGGAUCUGUUUAGCUGCUUCUAUCGUGAGCGUCAAGCCUUGGGCUGCGUAUCGCGCGCCGUUCUGCUUCAUGUCUGCGAUCCAGUUGUCGACGCACGCGCGGAGUUCCUUGAGCUUCGCGUCGAUCACGGGCUCGUACUUGACGAGCAAGGGCAGAAUGAAUUUUUCGUAGACCCAAAUUGCACCCCGGGUCUUCGGGAGCAUCAUCCAGAUGAGGAAGAUGCAUUUGCACACGUAGUACCCAGGCAGGUACGACACGACCUUCUCCGCGAGUUCUUCCGCUGACGACGUGAUGGAGAAGACGACCCAAUACGUGAGCCACUGCUUAUCGUCGUCCGUCUGGGGGGUUUCAAGUGCCUUGAAGCUAGCGUAGGCUGGGUACAACACGCCAACAGUGGUCACGACAGGUCGGGAAAUCGCAGAGCCCAUGAUGAAUGAGGAACUCAAGUGACCCAAUGAACAAUUCCAUGCACGCGCGAUUCGCGAGGUCGAAACCGUCCAUUGUGUUUCACGAUGUGUGUCGCGCCUAUUUUAAGCAAUCAUUGUUCCAAGA